AUGUUGGGCUGUGAAGGUGGCAAAAAGAAGCCCCCGAAACAGCACAAAGAGAUGGACGAGGAAGAUAAGGCUUUCAAGCAGAAACAAAAAGAGAAGAAACUCAAGAAGCUAAAAGCCAAGGCCGUGGGGAAGGGAUCCCUGGCCACAGGUGGAAUUAAGAAAUCUGGCAAAAAGUAAGCUGUUCCUCAUAUCUGAGAUGAUGGUGACCCUCUUCCAUUCCUAUUUAAACAUCUGGAUUCUCUGCCAUAACAUCUUUGCCACCUACAGCUAGAAUGAAGUGUUAUCCUGGAGCCUGUUAAACAUUUGGAUUCCUUACUAUAAUAACAUCUUUGCCACCUAUAGUUAGAAUGAAGUGUUAUCCUGGAGACUAUUGUACAUUUUAAUAAACUGUUG